AUGUCUCGUGGAAAACGAGACGGUAUUCUUAAAAAUGAAAAAGGAAGAGUUGUUGUAAAAGUAGGAGCCAUGCAUCUUAAAGGUGUUUGGAUUACAUUUGCUCGCGCAAAAAGUCUAGCUGCUCAAUUUAAAAUUAGCGAACUGCUUUAUCCAUUAUUUGUAGAUGAUCCUAGCAUAUUCCUUCAUAAUUCUUACGGACAAUCAAUGUCAACAAGAAUUCCAUCAUUAAAUAAUGCUCCAACUUCACAAUGGAGACCGGCUCAUCAUUAUCCCAAUAAUUUUAAUAAUGCACCAUAUACACCUGAAACAACGCGUCAAUGGUAUCCAUACGGUAACAGUAAUCCAUUAAUGGGAUCUCCUAACGGUCCUCAUGGUCAAGAUCAUGGUUCUCCAUAUCCACCAGCAGCUGGAGGUUACUCUGAACGUCCUCAAAAUGCCAAUCCACCAGCUGUACCAAUGUAUUCAGCUCAACCACCUAGAAAUCAUAACGCACACCCUCAAGCACAUUUAGAGGAAUAUGAUACGGGUUAUAAUUUAAUAAAUGGACAAUCUCAAGGACAACAAGGAGUUGCUGUAGUACAAGGUCCUGGGACGGAAGAAAAUAAUUCUAGUAACGGUAACGGUUAUAUGCGAUCUAACGGUCAAGGUCUUUAUAAUCUCGUCUCAGCCACUGAUGUAGUAGGUGGAAGUCCCGCUCAAAAUAAUUCACAACUUAUUGGACAAAAGCGAGGUUACGUAGGUGAUGACGAAAAUGAUGAUUAUAAUAACGUUAAUAAUUCAAGUCAACCAAGUCCUCCUCUUGCUAUGCAUCCCCCACCACCAAUAAGUGGAAUUGCUGUAAGUGGUGCAAUGAAUGUUGCCGCUGGUUCAUUUCCAAGUCCAAUGAAUGUAAGUCCAAAUUCCCCACCGGGUAAUUCGGCAUUUUCUGGAUGGAAUCCAAAUGGAAAACGUGUUAAGUAUGAAUUUCCAGAAUCCACCACUCCUCCAUCGGCCCCUUCACCUAGAUUUCAAUUACCGGGUUUAGGAGCAGGUCCAGCAACACCUGGUGCUAAUCCAUCUACACCACAAGCUUAUACUAGUAGUAAUUUACAAAUGGUUACUAAUGCUCAAUCAAGUCCACAUUAUUCUAAUGCUACUAAUGCCAAUACAACAACAACUAAUGGAGGACCUGCCACGGGUACCACAACACCAACUACGGAAGGUUUAGAUCGUUUUUUUGAUCAAGGUACCGUUUUACAAACUCCUUCCCCCGAAAAUGUUGGUAAUACGCCUACUGAAGAAUCAAACAGACGUUAUGAAUAUCGAACGAGAGAUACUUCUGAAGAGAUCAACCACGGCGGGUGGGACUAG